AUGGCAACCAAUCCUUCAAGCACUCGUCAGGGCGUAAGGGCGAUCGCCACGACGACUACCGAUCCGCAACGGAGCGAGAAGCGCGCCGUCGCGGCGCGGGGUGCCGCCGGCGCUCUGGCCCUGAGCGUCGUGGCUCUGGUCGUGCAAUCGGCGGCCACUGCGACUCCCACCUGGGGAUACUUCACCAAUCCUGAUGCUGGUACUGCCGCGGAGAAGGGUUACUUCGGACCAUGGAGACAAUGUAAACUCCUUCUUUAUGGACGUGAGUGGUGCGGCCAAAGCGUCUCCAGGUUCCAACCAGUGUUGGCUGUGUGGGUGGCGGGAUUAGCUGCUGCUGCCGCUUCUGCCCUUUUGGGAAUUCUGGUCGCUUUGGCUGUGCUUCAAUUAGCGAUGGCCUCUUCUGCGAAGCGGGUUGUAAUUUCGUACAGUACUGCCUUAAUAGGCAAAGUUGCCCUUGCUACAUUGGCAACGGCAUUGUCGAUUGUAGCAGCGAGUCUCUUCGCUCUACAAACAGAUGAUCGAGCCAAUAGUUUUGUUAUCACAAGAGGAGAAGCUUUUUAUAUGCAGUUAGCUGCCAUCGCCUUGAACUUUGGCGUACUGGUCUCUGCUGUUUACGAGGGCAUUUACGCCCGGAGAGGUGGCGAUCCGACUAAGAUUAGGGUCGUCACGGAUCCUCGUGGAGCUACUAUAAAUAAUCCAGGAUAUCGGGAAUAUCAUCAACCCACAAACGGUGGCACGAUCUCGAUGACAGACGCCAGCGGCAAGCCGUACGUCGGUGGGGCCGGAAACGGAUCGACGGCAUCGGUAGCGACUUCUAGUAGUGUGACUAGCACAGCCUCUCCCCUUAGGAGUUCUCUGAAAAAGCCAAAACCCCUUGGCAUUCAUAAUCCUGGCUUUUCAACGCACAGCCCGACCUUGUCGAGGAACGGUUCGCAAAAGAAAGUGCGUAUACAGACGCAUUCGACGGAAGUUUAA